AUUACGUGGAGGAGCCCCGGAGUCGGCAAAGCGCACAGCGCAGGGAUUCGCCGCUUCACUGAGGGUCAGAAGCCCCAGGCCCUGGCGACCACUGGCCUGGGAGCUUCUGGCAGCCCAGGCUCCUGCACCCACCUGUGCGCGGCCCCCAACCACUGCUUCCUGUCUGGUCGCAGACUUCAGGAAAUAUCACGGAGACCCAGAGCUCCCUCCAGGUGCAAUGCCAGUUGUGAGGCUGGAAAGCUUGAGUGUAGAGAGGAAAAAGUUGGUGCUUUUUUUGCUCUCCCUCACCGCCUGACGUCGGAAAUUCCGCCCCCGUCUCCGUGGAAACCCGGCGUCCGUAGCCGCAGUCACCAGGGGCGGAGCUCCGAGCCGCAGCUCCGCCCCGAGUUUGCAGCGGCUCCCAGGUGGGGAGCAAUCACUGUCACCCCGUCUCCCCUCCGUUCCUCUUCUCGGCUGCCCUCCUUCUCAUCGGCGUUCGUUCCCCAAACCACAUCCUGGAGGCGCUCUUCUGCCUGGUCCGCAGCCCGGCGGGCGCACCGGGCGUCGGGGCCUGAGAGCCGCGCGCUGCCUCCGGAUCCCCGCGGCUCCCCCCUUUCGGCCGCGCUGAUUGGCCGCUCCCGGGCCUUCCCCUGCGCGGGCUCCACUGCCCAGCGGAAAGUUUUCUGUGUCCGGAGGAAGUUGGACCUUUGAAGACUCGGAGACAGCAGCUCCCGAGGCUGCGGGGCUCUGCGCGGCCAUGGAGAUGGAGGAGCCCCCUUUGCGAGAGGAGGAGGAGGAAGAGGAGGAGGAGGACGAGGCUGGGCCCGAGGGGGCUCUGCGCAAGAGCCCCUUCCAGCUGACCGCCGAGGACGUGUAUGACAUCUCCUACGUGGUGGGCCGCGAGCUGAUGGCGCUGGGCAGCGACCCCCGGGUGACACAGCUGCAGUUCAAAAUCGUCCGCGUGCUGGAGAUGCUGGAGACGCUGGUGAGCGAGGGCAGCCUGGCGGCGGAGGAGCUGAGGAUGGAGCGGGACAGCCUCCGCAAGGAGGUGGAGGGGCUGCGGAGAGAGGGCGCGGCGGCCAGCCCCGAGGGAAGCCUGGGACCAGGCAAGAUGAUGGUUGACCUGACCGACCCCAACCGGCCGCGCUUCACUCUGCAGGAGCUGAGGGACGUGCUGCAGGAGCGCAACAAGCUCAAGGCGCAGCUGCUGCUGGCGCAGGAGGAGCUGCAGUGCUACAAGAGUGGCCUGAUUCCGCAAGAGAAGGCCCCCGAAGGGAGAAGGAGGAAAGGACCUAUGGUUGCCAGGGCCAGCAACGCCAGCAGAGACAAGGAGGAAAAGACCAUCAUAAGGAAGCUGUUCUCCUUCCGAUCUGGGAAGCAGACAUAGAUCGGAGGCGGCGGUUCUGAUUCUAGAAGACAACCCACCAGGAAGACCUCCCAGUCUGCUCAGUGCCACGCUGACCCACUGCACUCGCUCAUGUGUUUCCCCUCCGCGCCGUCCGAGGAGCGAGGAGGUGAGGUUCUCUCUCCAUCACUGUCUCCCCGGCUGCAGAACUGGACACCCCCGAAGGCGUGACCAGGGCAGGGCAAGUGGCACCCAGAAAUCAAGAAAGCAGAAGGAAAAGAAAAAAAAAAGGAGAAGGAAAAGAAAAACCAACAGAAAAUAAAAAAAAGAAAGCAGAAGGAAAGCGCACGGCGGCCACCACCUGCCCACGUCAGCCGUCGAGGGAUCUCGGUGCUCUGCCUCUCUGGCCCCACACUUGACCUUGCUCUUCACUGUGUGGCAGCCCGAGCAGCCAGGCACCAGCCCAAAGGGAGAGGGGAGAAAGCCGGAAAGUGUGGUAUCGACCUUCCGGAGACUUCACUGAUAUUUAGUGACUUUCUGACUUUGCUAACAUGACUUCCUUUACGAGGAGAUUUUUGUAUUAAAGUAAAGGACUUCCCUUCUUUAAGUAUUUUAGAGUUGUCUCUCAGCUCGUGCGACCUUUCAGGUCUCGGUUUCCACGUCUGUGAACUGUGUGUGUACGGAGAGCUGGCGUAUCUUUGGUGCAUUGAGUCUAAGUGAUGUACCAUUAUUUUGUGUGUCAGUGUGAGAGAAAAAAUGUUACAGAUUAUAACAUUAAGACACUGUU